CGUUCUGCUUCUCUCUUCCUUCUUCGGGGGAUUCUGUCUCAUGGAAUCUCAAUCUCAUCAGAACUCAAAACAAUCGCUAUAAUCCAUUUCAUCCGCAUGAAUCUCCUUCUAAACUUGAUUCUCUUGUCGUCAUGUUAGCCGUUCCGACGACUUUUUUCUACUCUGUUUAACCGAGCAUAAAAAAAUGGCGAAGCGUUGGGUCCUUUUGGCGGCCAUUUUCGCGGUUCUUGUUUGUGGUUUUUCUUCAGUUUCUGCCACACACACAAAUUUUGUUGCUGGGGUUUUGUCCAAGGCGGUUUCGGCUCUUGUGAAUUGGAUAUCGGCGAUCACCUCGGCCUCUAGUACUGUGGUUUCUACCCGCUCGAUGAUUACAUUUGAGAAGGGAUAUGUUGUUGAGACUAUGUUUGAUGGUAGUAAGCUGGGGAUUGAGCCUUACUCUGUGGGGGUGUCUCCUAGUGGGGAGCUUCUGAUUUUGGAUUCUGAAAAUAGUAACAUCCACAAGAUCUCUAUGCCAUCUUCUCAAUUUUGCAGGCCCCAGCUGUUUGCAGGAUCGUCUGAAGGAUACUCUGGACAUGUAGAUGGAAAGCCAAGGGAUGCAAGAAUGAGCCAUCCAAGAGGGUUAGCUGUGGAUCAGAGAGGAAAUAUUUACAUUGCAGAUACAAAGAACAAGGCCAUAAGAAAAAUCAGUGAUGCCGGAGUUACGACUAUUGCUGGAGGAAAAUGGAGGAAAAGUGGCCAUAUUGAUGGUCCCAGUGAAGAAUCAAAAUUCUCAAAUGAUUUUGAUGUGGUUUAUGUAGGAAGCAGCUGCUCACUUCUGGUAGUCGACAGAGGAAACCAAGCAAUUCGGGAGAUUCGACUUCGUGCCGAGGAUUGUACCGACGAGUUUGAUGGUAGCUUCCUCCUAGGGAUGGCUCUGCUGACUGCAGCUAUGCUUUUGGGAUACAUGUUGGCACGUCUUCAAUUUUGGGUGUUGGCCGCGUUUUCUUCUAAAAAUGACUCAAGAGCUGACUCGAGGGACGUUUCAUCGAUUCCUCCAUAUCGGAGGGUCGAGAAAUCAAUGAGGCAUCCACUGAUUCCCAGUGAAGAGGAAGAAGACAAUCAGCCAGGAGAGAAUAUCAUUUGUUCCCUCGGGAAGCUUUUCCUCAACACUGGCUCAUCCGCAGCUGAAAUCUUCGUGGCAUUGCUUCUUGGAGCUAGAAGAAAGGCAGCCAACCUCCACGUCCAGCAGCAUUAUCAAGUAAACAAACAUGGACAAGCAGGGUUGGGCAUGCAGGAAAGCUUUGCAAUCCCAUGUGGCCGUGAACCACUGCAUACAAUGACUGGGAUACAUUACUCUUAUUCGGCAACACGUCCCGAAAACGUGCAGCGUUACAGGCGCAUUAGGUGCGGGGAUGGUGUCGAGGAAGAACAACCAUAUCCAACGAGUCCAAAGGUGUGGUACAACCGGAGCAGUGAAAGAAACGAGGUUGUGUUUGGUGAAGUACAAGAAGAAGAGCAAUGCUGUGUUGGAGGUGGUGGCUGUGUGGAAGGGAAAUCCUUCAGCAACAACAAACAUGAGAACUCUUUUGUUACAGAGAAAAAGGGAAUAACAGAUUAACAAUUGCUUGGUUUCUCAACCUGAGUUGUAUGAUGUUAUGAAUUUACAAAUUCUUUUAUUAAAAACAAAAGGAAUAAAAGUUGCUAUUUUCAA